UUGGCAUCGGCUCAAACUACUUGGUACCAAAGGUCUUUCUGUCUGUGAGGAUGUGAACGCUUUUACCAAGAACCUUUGGGCAUUGCAUGCUCUCUUGUGCCCUUGAUAUCGAAAUCUCUCAAUUAUUUAGAUACGAAUACUCUUCACAUUCUUUCAUCAAACUUCUGUAUAAUUACGAAGUCUAGACUCAUACUCAUUGCCAUUAAUUCGCGCUUUUUCAGCUGGGAGACGGAUCAGUACCAUUGACGAGGAAGCAAUCAGCAUGUCAACUCCAACAACGCCUGAACAAUGGAUCGCCUUGCGUGAGAAUACCCGGCAAAGUGCAAUACUUCAACGAACUGUAUCACAGACCAUCGAACUCAGGCUAUGUGCUGUCCUAACAUUCCUGAGCGGACUACUGUAUGCGGCAAGCUUUUUGAAGCGACGAAAAGGUGGAAUGUGGAUUUGUAAAAAAGAUGUUGAUGGAUACUAUCAUCCCAACGUGCAUACAACUCUUCCUAUCUUUGCAGUCCUCUAUGCCAUCUUGGACGUCAGUGCCGUGUUAAUUGUCGAGAAGACUUUAAACCAUCCGGUCGAUCCGGUACCUGUUACACUACAACUCUUGGCUUAUCAGAUACUUCAAGUUUUUGCCUGGAUAAAAAUAUGGGCUGUUUUGUACGCGCUGCUCUCCUCGCGGUUGCGUCGUCACACGAAUAUUGGCAGCGCUUCGCAAACAAGGAAGCUGGUUUCGCCACGGAUAUUCAAUACUUUCAUUUUCACCACCAUCACUACGGUCCUAAUGGGACAGAUACCAUUAAUUACUUCGCUAAACUUAUCGAUUGAGAAGUUUAGGAAUCAGUUUUCGAUUUCUGACCUCCUACUCCAACAAAUAACCUCCGUAUCAACCAAUCCUCCGGAAGAUCUUGCAGCACAAACAAUUCUCAAUCUCAUCGUUUUGAAAGAUGAAGGUGCCAAAGCAAACAGAUUAUUCUUAAGCUAUCUCAUCUUUCUGAUUUCCUGGAUGAGCUUCAACAUCCUGGUGUUUUCAAUAUCCACGGCUUUUCUCUUACACGCCCUACGAACUCAAAAAAAUGUUCUUUCGUCUGCAUUGGAAAAUCGGAAAGUGCUCAAACAGAUUCAAGAGAAUGAACAGAAACAGGUAAACGUUAGACAGAGCUGCGAAAGCUGGGUCUUUUGCACCAGUGAAGGCGACUCCACAUCCAGACGAACCCACAAAAGUUUCAACCCUUGGACUUGGAAAUCUUGGAUUGAUUUUGCUAAGGAUGAAAGUUUGAAUGGUGAUGCAUUUUGGAACCGAAUUAAUAUGUUAAACCUACCAGUACGCGCUUCCCGGGCAGAUCUUGCGGAUGCCUUUGCGAUCGGAGAAACAUCUAUCCAGGCAGACCAUUCGGCGAUCAAUGAUGCGGCACUCGAAGUGCAUUGCGCGACUACCACUCGUUACUGGUACAGCACCAUGGGCCAAACGAUUAUUGGAUUGGGGAUGUUUUCGGCGUACCUGAUAAUGGCUUGUUGGUUGCUGAUUGAAAGCCCAAACUCCUCGGGGAAAGACGAAUUGAUCGAAGCGUUCAUAUGGUCAAACUGGACAUGGGGAGGAGGGCCUGGACUUGUUCUAGGAAUCGUUGCUUGCAUUGUGGCCUUCUCGCCCUCUCCAGCACUUCCACAGAGCUCAAAACAUCAAGCCCUUGCCAUGUCAACCUCAGCUAGAACUGCAACGACAUUCGCUCAAGACCAGGAAAAAUAUGAAAAGAACAGACCAACGAUUAACGCAGGAUUAUCGUGUUCGAGAAGCGAGUUGGAUAUCAUUCCAUCUUCUGCUCCCCGGCCGGCCCGUCGGACCGACAACUUGAGCAUUUCGAGCUCUGUUUGGAGGAGUCCCUCAACAGACUCUUGCAGAGCUGACAACAGCACUCAAGAUUUGGCCCGUCGGCCAUCAUUUUCCUCUUCAAUUUUUAGCUUUCAGACCGCACGUCACGAAUCUUUCUACAAGGCAGUAAACGAUGAAAUGCCUUGGGCGAUGACAAAUGAUUCAGCACAAGAGGAUUCCCAGACGGAAUGGAUUGGAGGUGGGCAUUUCAAGGCUAUCAAAGGCCUAAGAGAGGGAAUUUGAGAGGAGGAACGAUUGUUAAAUUUUUGUGUUUAUUGCCCUUGUUAUCAAAUUUAGCAUCAUGCUUACAGAGUUUCCUUGCUUCCGCGUCAUUCAUACCUUCUCUCAUUUUUUCAUCAUUAGAAAAUCAUCAUGCCUUAGAAAGCCCAAUUUCUAGUAACUUCUUAUCAGUGCCCACACAUAUUAUUCUUACACUGACAUUCAUGCUUUGGCUACAAUUUUGUAAUUAGAAACCAUAUCCAGAGCAUUCCAACACCGA